AUGAACACAACACAUGUUGUUUUUAUAAUUAGGAAGAAUGGUGUACGGUAUAUCUACUAUACUCAAAUGUUCCUGCUUGCCCUGGCCAUGGUCCUGUUAACAUUGUUUAUGGUUUGGGUGCGACAACUGAUUGGACAAUGCUACAUGUAUCUUCUUCGUGUUCAACAGAACCCUAAUGGCACUAUAUUAAAUCUACCUGACGGUUUUCUAUAUAAUGAAACAUUUUGUACGGACAAGGUACGGAAUGAAUGAACCUUAGACUUGUAGAAUUCGUGUAACAUUCACGAGCCAACGUUUCCUCACGGCUCUAUAAAUACACGUGUGGAAAUCUCGCAGCUUAUCCGCGACAAGAUGUGUUCGCACUGCUUGUUCCCAGUUCUUGACAAGUCUGGAACAAGGUUGAUUAUGCCAACAGACUCGUAACAAGUUGUUCCAACAAGUCUGAUAUCGUCUGCACGUAACAAGUUGCAGAGACCUUGCAAGACCUUGCUAACAAGUUUAUGACAUCAAGCUCAUGACAACUUGUUACGAACAGCUUGUAUUAUUCUUGUUGGAACAAUUUGUAGCACGUUCGUUAUCGUCGCCAACCUUGUUACAUGCAAGGUGACAAUAACUUGUAACUUGUUCCACACUUGUCACAACAACUGGGGACAAACAAUGUGAACAUAUCCUGGUAUCGGCUUGACAACAACCUUGUUACAACUAAGCUUGUUUGGUGUGGAUCAAAGUUGAUCUAAAGUCGUUCCUUAUAUUUUGCAUACACUCCAGUAUAGGGUGGGUGGUUUUAAAAAAAAAAACGAAACCGACGUAAGAAAACAAUAACUGACCUAUUUUCUGUCCGCGUCAUCUUGACAACAUUUGAAACCCCGUUUCACUGCGUUAUCACUGUCAUUUCGGGGCGGUCACCCCACAUAAGAGAUCCGACCGUCUGUAAAUUAAUCUGCGCGUAAAUCUACAAAUUUUCAUGCAGAUAGCCAGGUUCAUAACGUUUGUUUAUAUAACUAGUAUAAUUUCUCUACUUAUAGAUCAAGUAUGAUCAAAAUAAUAAAAAUGUUAUGUUUUUUACCCGUUUCUCCUUCUUUGUCUACUUUCUGGGAUGUCUGCUCAAAGAACUUAACCAACUUCGGCAAGAGGUAACUUAUACCGAUACCUUUUCUAUCAGUCCACUUGAUUUCGAAGAAAACAUGCACUGUUUGGUAGUGUAAGAAAUUCCCUCACAAGUGAAGUUAUAAUCAAACAUAUAGUAGGCCGGUUUUUGUAGAUUGAAAUUGCAAACGUAAAUUUCUAUACAAUUUUUAGACCUAUAACCAGGUGUAGUUGUGAAAAAUGCAAUUACAGGCAGGGUUUAUUUUAAGAAAAAUUUAGAACUGCACAUAUUAUAGGGAUGUUAUGAAGCAUCACGUGUUUGACUGGGGGUCAAAGGAUUUUUAUCUAUAUUUAAUGUUGUAAAUUAUUGUUAACGUUGUAAACUAUGAUAGACACUUAAUUUGUAUAUAGGUGGCAGAAUAAAUGUGUGGUUGGGUGGGGCCAGACAAAUUCGAUUCUGGGUUGGGAGCUACAGGUAGGGGGUGUCUCCCCAAAUUUUGAAUUUAGAGGCUCGUAAGUUCUGGCAAAGAUUUGUUUCACACACCCAAUCUUGUUAUUCAAUAGCUAAAAGCCUGAAUAUGAAAACAAUUUGUUCAUACGCCGAGUAAGUCGCGUACAAUAGUGUGCUGAAAUUCGAUUACCUUUUUUUUAUACACCCUGUAUAUACGUAUACGUGAAUCUGGGGCGGUUCAUUCUCAGCAACUGGGCUCUGUAGCUCAGUUGGUUAGAGCUCUGUACCGGAAUCGCAGGAUUGAUUCUUGCCAGAGCCAGAGGGACUAGCUAAAAUUGCAUUUUCUGCAACUGCUUCUGGUUAGAUCUAAAAGUGUAUAGAAAUUUACGUUUGAAAAUUCUAUCUACACAAUUCACAAACCCCAACAAAAUCUCACUAUUGGUUCUAUCGAACGAGAUCCCCCAAAUCUCGAUGCUUAAAUGGAUGAUUGCAGCUACAGACUAAAUUUUGAUCAAGGCAAGAAGAACGAAAUCCAACACCAUAGCUGAAAAGAGCGUCUUAAAAUGAGUAAAAUUGCAAAGUUUGGUUGCGAAUUGUUGUAAAAUGAGGAAAAUAUACCCCUGUGCCGUUCGCAAAUUUUGUAUAUAUUUGCAUUACGCGCGGGAAAAAUAACCAUUUUUUGAGCCGAAAGUGGUUAUUUUUACCGCGCUUAAUACAAAUCUAUACAAAAUUUGCGAACUUCACAGGGGUAUGUUUUCUUCAUUUUACAACAUUUAGCGACCAAUCUUUGCAGUUUUACUCAUUCUAAGACACUCUUUAGAAAGCUGUGGUGUUGGAUUUCGUUCUUCCGGCUUGAUCAAAAUUUAGUCUGUAUAGCUGGAAUCACCCAUUAGACAACUGCAUGUGUAUUGCACGAUUCGAUUUGCAGGUUUGAUGGCUCACAUCUACGUGGAUUUUUAGAAAACGUUUGUUGCUUAAUUUAAUUCCAUAUACAUAUGCUUUAACAUAUUGUUUCUUUCAUAGCGUUCAGAAUAUUUUCGUGAGAUUACAAACUACUUGGAUUUGACUGUGUCUAUAUUGUUCCUCUUAUUUCUCGAUCUACCAAGCAUUCAUCCCAUUCCAUAUGAUCGUCUGAAACUUGGAACUGUUGGACUCUUUGCGUAUUAUUUCUUAAUGUUCUUAUGGACGAGAGGGUAAGGUUAUGAUAAAACUUAUGUUUACAGUGGGUGGUGCAUACGAUAUGAUCGAUCUGCCAUUCCGAGUGUUGAGAUCGAAAAGUUUCACGAGCUGGAUUUCUACCUGCAAAAAAAAUUCGCGACCCACCUUUACUCCUUUUUGGUCAAGUCCAUUAAUUCCACCACUCACCAGGGAGCGGUUGUAUAAAAAAGUGAUUAAAGUUAACUAUGAUUAAGUGCAAACGUCAUCCAAUAAAUAAGAAGCGCCUAUUUGAGAGUUAAUCACUAUUUAACUACAAAAUAGUGAUUAAAAAAGUGAUUAAGAGUUUUAUACAACCGGCCCCAGGGCGGCCCCCUAAUAAACAACAAGCUAGAUUGAUGUGUUUCUUUUCAGGCUAUCUCGAUUUGGUAUAUACAUCACAAUGUUUCUUGAAGUCAUGUCGACACUUCUCCAGGUACAGUCUAGGCGAUCUAGCUUGCUGUUUUCAAUGUGCUCCAUAAAGCCUCUCUUUGUUUUCUAAAUAGUGAUAAAUUCUUUUCUAGGUCGUCUCUGGAUUUGCGUUGCUAUUUAUUUCUUUCACGGUGUCUUUUUACAUUAUAUUUACGGAAUCGGUAAGUUCAGUUUACGGCAGUAUAGAGUCCGUAUCCGUGCAGACGAGCAAGAUUUCCUUGAAAAGUUUCCUUGACAAGUUUACUUCCUCCCAACAAGUAUUCCUGCACAAGUUUCCCUCGACAAGUUUUGUUUCUCGAAAACACGGAAUGUUGUUAAAAUUUUCUUAUACACUUGUCAAGUUUUCAAUUCCUUGGAACAAGAACAAAUUUUCCUUGUCCAAUGACCUUUGGAACAAGGCUCCUUGUCUGUACAUCUUUCCCUAAGGGGCAAAACUUAAGGGAGGUAUGGGGGAUGUGACACCCCCCAAAAAAUGCGAAUCAACUGGAUUGGCAGGGCAAUCAAAGAUUUUAAAUGAUAAAAUGUAGAGUUAUUAAGUAACUUACAAAGUUACAGGGCUUUCAGAGGCAAUUGAAUAGAAUUUAUAGACCUAAAUUUUACAGAUAUUGGUCCAGAAAUAAGGGUUUCGCCCAUGUCCGGAAAAAUUUUUCGACAACAUUUUUGGGAAAAAUGGUGGCCAGAAAUAAAAAUUUGCUGCAGGGCAUCAUCGGUUUUGGCAGGACAAUUCUGGCAGACACCCCCCUCCCAAUUAAAAGGGGUCAGUUUCGCCCCUGCAGCUAAGGAGAAUGGUGAAAUACAGUAAAGGAACCUUGAUCCUGUGGUAGUAGUGAUAGUGCCGUGUUCAUACGUUUUUAGACCAAACCUGGAAGAGCUACAAAAAAUGCAACUAUACGCCUUGUGGCAGAAAUUGCAAGGCCGCAGAUUCCUUGCGCAGAUUCGAUAGAAGCUGCAUAGAUAGAAUUUUUUUAUGCAGGCUGACGCAAACAAGUUACUUUGAAAUCGCUUCUAACUUAAUUCUCUUGGACUAACAUAAAACCGUUUUACAUGUUAACACUGCAUUAUGUAAAACGAUGGGUUGCAAAGUGCAAAGAAGGUUGCAAUCGCCAAUUCUCAAAACUAGCUGAGUAUUUUUCCGUUUAGGAAGAGAAAGAAUUCAAUACCAUUAUCAAUUCAUUUCUCAAAGUCCUCGCAAUGGUGAUGGGUGAACUAGAUUACACAGGCUUACGUUAUCAUGCCAGUAAACUGCCAGACGAUAUGGAAGUGAUCGCCAUUGCUGUCUUUGUUGUAUUUUGUCUUACCAUGGCACUGGUCGUCAACAAUUUACUGGUAUAUGUUUGACAAAAUAGUUCAGAGAUGCAUUUACUGAUGUGUGUGUGUCCUUACCCAGUUACCCUGUGUGUGUCCUCCUUAUACUUUAAUCCUUACCCUGACUCAGACAAAACAGAAAGCCAUAAAACUCUAACCCGUCUUCGUUUUUCGAAUUCUACCUUCGUUCAGAACGAAUAUUUUGGCGAAAUUCGUCGUCCGGCGUCCUGAACGUCGUUCUGAACUAAGGUUUCUGAACAAAAACAGGGCAGAGCUUUAUGUUUCGCUGUUUUUGUCUGGGUCAGGGUAGAGAGCUUAGUAGCCGAAAGGGAGGCCAUAAUAAUUUUCUUCCUUCAAAAGGCAGGUUUAGUGCGAGAAGUGGGGGGUGGGUGGUGGUAAUUGAGGGGGUGGAGACAUUUAUGGUAAUAAGGUAUUUAUAGUAACAAGUAUAUAAUAUUAUGUUCAAUUUAGAUUGGUUUGGCUGUCGGUGAUAUUGAAGCUGUUCAGAAAACGGCUGAAAUUAAACUUCUAUCUCUGCAGGUUAUAACUAUUCAAUGUUACAAAGUACGCCACAGCAUAAUUUUUCUGUGGCCGAAGCAAAAUUAUCUGACAGUGUUUCCCAGUAAUGUUUUUCGACCGAAUGUAUGAAGGCAACAGGGUUUCCUAUUUAAUCAAGACUUAAAUUAUGUUAAAUAAAACGCAGAUGCGGAUGGACGGAUGGGUGGCGGAAGGACGGUUGACGGACGGAAGGCUAAUGUUGUCAUGAAACAUUUAAAAGUCGUAUCCUUUUUUUUUUUAAUCAUUAUUUAAUCACGGAAUCUCAUCAUCAACCAUAAAAAUACAGAUGCUCUUCCUGGGAGCCGUGGGUUUAAAAUACAAGUUACUAAUUAUACAAAACAAGAUACAAAACAAGAUACUAAUUAUAUAUUAAACUAUGUACAAAUAAAUAUAGAAACUACUAGAAAUCUAAAAUUGAUUUUUAAAUUGUGCAAUUGUAGAAGCAUUACGUUGGCCAUUUGUCAAAUUAUUCCAACGCAGUGCCCCUCUGUAGGAAAUGCUACGUUUCAUAGCUUCAGAAUUAGGUCUAGGUAUAAACAGACCGUUUUGGGUGCGACGUAAACCAUAAGUAUGUACGUCAGCAGUUUUAGUAAACAUACUUGACAUAUAUGCUGGAGCGUGGCCAUUCAUAGUUUUAUCCUGUUGAUAAACGAGGAUAUGGUUUUAGAAAACGCUUUUCAUGCUUUUAAAAGGAAAAUCCAUGUUUUAUCUAAAAAGAUGAAACGCGACACGUCCGUUCGUCCUCAUCUACGUUUAAUCCUAACGAUAAUAUGUUUUUGCGAGCCAUGGUUAAUUGGGUUAUUUUCCUUUCUGCGCGAAAUGGACUUUUUACUUUGAAAUGACCUUGUAUGUUGCUUUUAGGUGACCCAAAUACUCGACGCCAGAGCGAACAUGAUAUUUGGCAGGGUACGCCAGAAAUGUUACGUCCCAUCAUGCACUGAAAUGCCAAACAGAAAUGAUUGCAAAGCUGAAAUACGUGAACAAGCAUAUGUAAGAAUAUAAAAUUAACUUUAUUUACACAUUGGAUAUCUCUAUGUCAGUUUUGAAUUGGUCUGCAUAGGGGAAUUGAAUCUUCUAUUGGUGCAGUUGGUUGGUACAGGAGGAAACCUGAAUUAAACACUGUCUGGCCAGUCUGGGAGUGGGAGAUGCAGCCUCCUUAGCCCCCCCCUCCCCUCGUACAGCUGUGUAUAUGGUAGUAGACAAACGAAUUAGGUAUGGUAAUCUACAACUCAAACUUCUUUUCAUUUGUAGAAACUGCGAAAUCUGGAAAAGUUGAAAAAGGAGAAGAAUCCUGGCAUUACUAAUUUUGCAUCAGCAUAACAGAAAUAAAAAUACGAUGCAUGAAAAACGAUGUAUAUAUAAAAUGGCGUAUUUUACUGGUUAUAAGGUGUGCGUGCCCAGAAUCUAUUUUAGCAUUUCAAUCCAAAUUUUUUUCCAAAUACACAACAUUGGAUAAUUUACAUGCCUAGUUUAUAGUGUAGUUACUGUCAUGUUCCAGUUUGAAGAACAAGAAGCAUUUCAGAGAAGCGGAUAGUCACUCGGUUCUAUUUCAUUUCUAUCCGGCAUGAGUAUAAACAAACGUUACUGAUUUUGGCUCAUGCAAACACUGGUAGCGGGCUUGCAAGUUGGUUUUGGGAUGAGUGGGAAAUUGUGGAAAAGAGCUUUAACUCUAAAAAUGAUUGAUAGGAUCAAAGCAAUCAGAUGAAUAUAGACUUGGAUCAAGUCCGUCCCUCAAGGGCCUCAAGAGUCCGAGGGAUCGAGGUGCAAUAACGCGGGAAAGUCGAUCUCGUCGCCUCGCGACUUGGACUCCAGAGAGACGGACCAACUUGAUCCAAGUCUAUCAGUUGAACAGACCUCAUUGUUUAAAUAAUAGUGUGUGAUGUAAUUCUUAUGAACAUUGAAUAAAAGGAGGAAAAUGGGG